AUGGCCACGCCGGCUGCGAAACCCGAGGAGCCCAAGCUGCUCUGGAACCCCGAGAACGUGAAGGAUGUCGCUGAGUCCGUGGGCAUCGGCGCCCUCAGCGACGAGGCGCUGCGCUGUCUAUCACAAGACGUAGAGUACAGACUAGGGCAGGUCAUCGUGGAGGCUCUGCGAUUCAUGCGCGCCGCAAGCCGGACGACUCUCACGGUCCAGGACAUCUCGCAGGCCCUGAAGGUGCUUGACGUCGAGCCUCUUUACGGAUACGAAUCGACGCGACCGUUGCGUUACGGCGAGGCCAGUCUGGGGCCGGGCCAGCCGCUGUUUUAUAUUGAGGAUGAGGAGGUGGAUUUCGAGAAGCUCAUUAAUGCGCCGCUUCCCAAAGUCCCGCGCGACACGAGCUUUACUGCGCAUUGGCUUGCUGUUGAAGGCGUUCAACCCUCCAUCCCUCAGAAUCCCACAACUGCCGAAGCUCGCUCACAAGAGCUCGUACCUAAAGGCCCUGGCGCCAAUCCUGCGCUGGCUGCUCUCGCCGGAAACGAUAAUGUCUCCUUCCGGCCGUCCGUCAAACACAUCAUCUCGAAGGAACUUGUACUCUACUUCGACAAGAUCCAGAGCGCAAUUCUAGAUGACAACCCAGACGACGAAGUCAUGCGCCUGCGCGAGGCCGCCCUAGAGUCCGUCCGCUCCGACCCCGGCCUGCACCAGCUAGUCCCGUACUUUGUCAACUUCAUCGCCGACCAGGUCACGCACAGGCUGGACGACACGUUUGUUCUGCAGCAGAUGAUGCAGCUCACCGCGGCACUGAUCGAGAACGCCAAUCUCUUCCUCGACCCGUACGCCGCGCCGCUCAGCGCACCGGUCCUGACUUGCCUUAUGAGUCGCAAGUUGGGCUCCGAAGAGGGCGUGGAUGCUAUCAAAGAGCAGUACGAGCUGCGGGAUCUCGCGGCGAGUCUGCUGGGGAAGAUCGCCAAGGACUAUGCGAAGAGCAACGCCCUGCUGCGGCCGAAGCUUACACGAACAUGUCUCAAGUACUUCCUAGACCCCGGCAAGUCGGCGCCAGUGCUCUACGGAGCCAUCAAGGGCUUGACAUCGGCUGGUGGGCCCGAGGCAGUACGUGUGCUUGUCCUGCCGAACCUGAAGAGCUUCGACGCUGCCAUCCUCCAGCCGAUGCAGGAGCAGGGAGGGUUCGCCUUCUCCGUGCUCAUUGAGGCCAUUGUUCAGGCUAUACAGAGCGUUGGUAGCACCGACAUCAGCAUGACCAAUGGCGUCAAUGGAGGAACAUCAGAUCACGAAGCGGCCGAGCUUACAGACUUCCUUGGUCCCAUCCUCGGUGCGAAGAUCGCUGGACUGGGAGAUCACAAGCUGAACAGGUCAGUUCUGGAGGCCAGGCAUAUUGAUUAG